AUGGAUUUUGUGUAUUCAGAAGAUGGUGUUUGGAUGAGUCUGGACAGAAAGAAAAGAGAGGAAGAGGUGAAAAAUACCGUCGAACACGUGCUUCUUCUUGUUGAAAAAGAUGGACUAGUGGCGUUUCAACAAAAACUGCCUGAUUCUGAAAGCGCUGAUCAGCCGAAAUCAUCAGAGGAACUCAUUGAAAAAGCACCAGAAGCUGUCACAGAAGCACAUGAGGUUGCUUCAACUUCUAAAGAUCAAUCGGACCGUAUUGAAACUGGAGUUGAAGCGAAAGAAAACUUGGUUGCGACGAAGGAAACUCCGCCAAACAAAUAUUUUAAAAUGAAGAAGAUUCACUUUGGAAUUAUUGAGUACAACAUCAUAACCCAGAAUUUAAAUGGACCAUGCCCUUUGGUUGCCUUGAUUAAUGCUCUCAUUCUUAAAGGCAAAGCAACAAUCAAUGAGACUAUCGUUCGCGAUGACUAUUUGGUGAAUUUCCUCAGCAAUUUGCUCCUAGAGCAACCGGUUGCGGAAGAUCGCAAAGAGAUAUUCGAAGCAAAUCUUCAAGAUGUACUCCCAAUGCUUCCAAAAAUUGUCAAUGGGCUCGAUGUAAAUAUCAAGUUUUCAAAUAUCACUGAUUUUGAGUUCACUACCGCAUUGUCACUAUUUGACCUUCUCAACGUUCCACUUUAUCAUGUUUGGCUUCCUGAUCCGCAGCUUACGAUUAUCUACGACGUCGUGAAGAACUUGAGCUACAACGAUCUGGUAGUCAGAAUGUGCAAUGAUGCAGACCCAAAUAAGGCGUUCCUUGAGGAAUUCUACAACGAUUCUCUCUCUCAAAUUACGUUCCACGGCUUGAGCACACUUGUGUCUCAUAUGAAAGACGGAGAGAUUGCUGUUCUUUUCCGCAACAAUCACUUCAAUACUAUUUUGAAGCGCAGGGAUGAGAUUUUCACAUUGGUAACUGACGAGGGAUUUGCCAAUGAAAAGAAUGUUGUCUGGGAGUCGCUGAGCAGCAUUGAUGGAGAUUCAUUUUUCGUUGACGCGGAAUUUCACACUUACAGAGAAGCUCCGCCUGAGCCAAUCGCUGCAGUUACACCUUCCAACGAAAGUGCUCAUAUUAUCGAUGCUCGUGAUCAAGAAGCUAUCGCUGCAGCCCAAGCGGAUCUUGAAAGAGAAGCCGCCACACCAAAGAAAACAAUUUCUAAAAGCACAACUAAUGAAAGUGUGAAGAGCACCAAAGAACAUCAUAAGUGUAUCGUCAUGUAA